ACACACACACACACCAUUGGCAGCUGACUAUGACCUCUUCUGCCCCACAGCCUAACAGAUUCAACCACACACACACCCUGGCACAUACAUUCAAGUGUUUUUUGCUCCAGUUGCCCUCUUUAAUGACUUCAACAUGGGCCUGCCAAUAUUUUUUAUUUUAGGAAUGGUUCUGAAUCUUGCUCACAGCAUGGAUUUGCAAGAUUCAGAGGCCAGAGACUUGGUUCUCAACCCAACUGUGACGGGGAUUUUGGGAGAGGACGUCUACCUGCAUUGUCUGUACACUGGACAAAGUAAAAUCGCUUACUCCUUCUGGAACCGGCUGGAUUCUUCAAAGAGGUCAAGGAAAUUGGCAGGCUACAGUCAGAAUAAGUCUUUCAACAGAGAACCCUUCGGUAUCCCGGCAUUUCCUACAAACCUUACCGUAAAGAUAAACGUGACAAGUCUUGACCAAGAGGGAGAAUAUGCAUGCGUCUUUAACUCUGAUGAAGAUGAAAUAAAGGACACAAUGUUUUUCAGAGUUAUUGCUCGGCCUGAUAUUGACGUAACUGUGGAGAAGGAAGUUGUGAACAGGACCCUCUACCAUGCUGUCACUUGCUCUGCCUCCAGUGCCAAGCCUAAGGCUGUGAUUAGAUGGGAGAUCUCUGGGGCCCUUCCAAGAGAUGACAUAUUCUCUGUGAACAUGACUAAUACAGUUCAUCCCAAUGGCACAACCAGUUCAAUCAGUGUACUGCGCUUCCCCUUAAUUAUGAAUAAUGAGAGCACUGUUACCUGUGUGGUCAAUCAUUCAGCUUUUACUGAACCUGAAAGAGUCGACAUUGAGGUGGACACAUUUGUUUCUCCUAUUAUGAGCAUGGAGACCGUCCUGGUCCAAGAAGGAGGAGAAGACUUUCAAGAGGUCACCUGCAUGGCAACAGGGGGGAGGCCAAAUCCAAAGAUCACAUGGAGACUUCCUGAAUUCAAAAACACACCAUCUUUACUGAAAAAUGAAUCCAAAUCAGAUUCUGUUAUAAGUUCUUACCGGUUCCCAUCAGAUCUGUAUGAAGGGGAAAAUAUCUCUUGUGUUUUUGGCUACUUGUUUCUCCCUUUCAUAAACACAAGGACAAUCACUUUGCCAGUUUACUAUCUUUCCUCACUUCUGCUGAAGGACGUUGUUGAUAACAGUGAGAAUCAGACUUCACUGGCGUUUGUGGUGGGGGAUGCGAGCAUUACAAUCAGGAUGGAUGUUUUGGGCAAUGUACCAAGUUAUAAAAUGAACUGUUCCAGGGAAGGCCUACCACUGCCUGAGGAUGUGGAUGUGGUUGGCAGUGAUAUCUUUAUCAGAGGUCCCGUAGAGCUUCACCUUGCUGGACAGUAUCUCUGUCAGGCCUCUUACCGUAGACAUCAAGCAUCCCUGCAAUUCACAAUUAAAGUGAAUCCAAAAGUUAUAUUGCCAGUGACAUUUCCCCCAAACAUCAGUUUGAAUUUAGAGGAGAAUUCAGGGUACAUUCACAUUGAGUGUUUGGCCUUCAAUGCUGUUCCCACUGCAAACGUGUCCUGGAUCAUUUCACCAGAGAUGAAUAGUACAAUUCAGUCUAAUGUCACAUCCUAUAAUGGAUCUUAUUCAGUCAAAAGUGUCUUGACUGUGCCCAGCUGCAUGGCACGCAAAUAUGUAGCUGAGUGUAUAGUCGACCAUCCUGCUUUAAUGGAAAAAGAGAGGCGGCAGAUUGCUCUUCCUAAAUGUGCACCACCAAAUAUAACCUUGCAGUCUAGUAUUAAAUGGGACAGUGGCGUUGCAUAUGCAUGGCUGGUGUGUUCAGUGCAGAGCCAGCCUCCAGGAGCAGCCAUCAGCUGGGCCGUAGACUGCCAUGGCAUUGACAGUGGCUCUAGUGAGUUCGUAAUGAGUCAGCCUGACUUUCAGCGGAGUCAUUUGAUUGCCGUCCAGCAUGUGGCACCUAUUCCUAUUUACUCGCAUGCCGGAUGCAGUGUAACCUGUGUGGUUGAUCUUCAAGGGUUAGAGAAACCAGAGAACAAGACUAUUGACCUCCCACGCUUAGGUCCGUCUUCAAGCCGUGUGUUUUUGGGCGAAGAGAGAUACACACAUAUUUGGCAUGCUGUGUGCCAGUAUAGCGGCGAAGGAGUGAAACCCAUCAUAUCCUGGGUCCUUCCUGGUGAAGACACCGCAAUUCCAGCAACCACUGAGUUCAAGUAUGACGGAAUUAAAGUAGAAGUCAAUUCAACUUAUGAAUUUGAACUCAGUCAGUAUGAGGGAAAGAAUUUGAUAUGUCUGAUCCAGAACAAGCUCGGCAGGGAUGAGAAACUGGCGAUUCGUGUUCCAAAAUACUCUAUCUCAUCUAUUGAGGUUGUAAACAAAACCACAUUUGGUCGUAGAAGUCAUGAUCAGCAUGUGCAUCGAAUAACAUUGCAAGAAAACCUCCCUAAUCAGAAGAUACUUCUCAGAGCCCACGGCAAUGCAUCAUCAUACAGGACGACGUGUUACAGGGAGGAUGGGUCAGCAGCACACACUGUUGCCAUGGCAUUAGUUUUUACAGAACCAGUAUCUGAACUGGAUGCAGGACUGUACAUAUGCCAUGUCUCUUACCAUCACCACAUGGCUAAAGUUUUCAUUCGUGUGGAUGUAACCAGUGAAGAGACCGAACACUUUAUAUUCAUCACCAUCUGCUUCACGUCAGCCGCUGCAAUCGCCCUCAUCUUGAUCAUCGUUUUGUUUGUCCUCUGUAAAAGUGGGAAAAGUCACUCAUCACAAAAGAAGAACAGGAUCGAGCGCGAGUCCCUUUCAGCUCUAAUGCAGGACCCUCGUUGUCCAGAGAGGACGGGGCUUCCAAGCGAGGCUGGGCCGCACUAUGCUGAGCUUGUGCACUAUUCGAUUGUUUUAGAUGUUAAAAGCACUGUGUGAAUCGCCAGUUGGGUUUAUAUA